GAUAACAGACGCAUCCAGGGAAUUUAAAGUAAAACGACGCGCGAUUUCUUCCAUCGGGCUAAAUAAAUAUUUACUUUGUGGGGGGAAGUAAAUAUUUUCCAGGAUGUCGCACCGGAUGCCACGGCGAACCAGUGAGUUCCGUGGCGAUGUGCUCGAAGAACGAGAAGUCGCAGAAAAGCGUAUGACCAGGGCGACUAAGCGCAGUGUAGCAAAUCACACUCCUUCCUCCAGUCAGGCGGUCCCCAGAAGACCUUCCGCGUCAAGACUGCCACAGCCACUGAACCUGGAGCGGGAUCGGGCAAGUCAAAUGGGAGUGACUCCGAAGCGAGGCCACCGAUUUGUGCCCACAACCGCAGAACGACCGGUUGCCCCUAAUUCGGACAAAAAAUGGGUUGCUGAGCGAGCCCAGCAGAUACUGGAAUAUCUACAUAAUGUUCAGCCUAAUGAGCCGCUGUCGAGUUUUACAGCGGAUCUCGUUAGCCGAUCCGGUGGGCUACGAAACAUGACCAUGAAGCAAUUCGUGUCAAUUCUGAAUUUUCUAUUCCACCAAAUCUGGCGAAACAAGCUUACUGUGGGACAAAACCACGUCGAGGACAUCACGAAUGCCAUGCAGAAGUUGCAAUAUCCUUAUCAGGUGAACAAAUCCUGGCUGGUGUCACCGACCACACAGCAUUCUUUUGGCCAUGUGAUCGUCUUGCUGGAUUUCCUCAUGGACUUUGCUCCGCCAUUGUCUACCUCAGAUGAGCCGGAGAACGAAUUUCCUUUCAUGGAGACCACCGAGCAGACCAGCUCGUAUCUGAACAGCGUGCACUGCGAACCAACGGAUACAAUGUCAAUCACCCAAAUGCAGACCGUUCAGCUGGACGAGGAAGUAAACGCUUUGCUCUUCGUUGAGGCCACGAAAUGCAUUACCCUAUGGGAUCAGGAACUCACCGAGGAAGAGGCCAAGCUGCAUGCGGAAAUCAGAGAUCAGGUCAUCAGCAAAAAAUGUAACUUGCCUGAUAGAAAAGCGCUGGAGAAGGAAAUCGUCAAUCUAAGAACGAAGCUGCAGCAACUGAAUGAUAAGUUGCAGGAUCCAAGCGGUGAUAAUCAGAUUGAAAAACUUGAGCGGCUUAAUAAGGAGCAGGCACAUCUAGCCGAACAACUGUCUGCCAUCCAGGAGGAGCUUACCAAGCAAAAUAAACUGUCUGACCAACUCUCCUCUGAGGCCGAUGAAAAACAGGCGAAUAUCCGCCAGAAAAUGAAGUACGAACAGCGUCUGGAGAAGUCGGUGAACAGUCAGAAGUACUCUGCUCAGCAGCUAAAGGAGCUUCAACGGAAAUACAACGAUAAGGACAACUACUCCAAGGCCUAUGAGCGCCAGGUGAAGGAAAUCUCUGAGCUAGAGCUUCACCAGCAGGUUAUGCUGUCGAGGGCUAAGCAAAAGCAAAUAGAUUGCGUUGAGGUCUUUAACUCGCAUGUUCGCCAUCUCAGCAUGAACUGGGUAAUUCGCGGUCUGAUGAAGGGUAACGGUGAUCAACAGAUGGAUCUAACGUUACCGCUAAAUCCUAGUGCAAAGGACAUCGCAGACCGGAUCCAUUGCCAGGAGCUGGUAGGAAAUCUUCUUCAACAGCAGCGCCAGCAGAAUAUCGAUCGGCGUCAAAAGCUAGAACAGCAUGUGGCUGAAAUGAAAAGCGAGACUAUCAAAUUGGAUACUGAAAUUUCCACCUUGGAGACUCACCUGCGGGCGCAGAAGCAUCGCCUGAACAAAAUGGAGACCAUUUGUCGCACCAAGCGCGAUAUGAAUGUGCAGCACCGGCAGCAGCUGCUAGAGAAUCAAUAUGAUCAGAUCACUCGCCUUGACGAGCUGGAGAAGCGGAAAGACGAGGCGCUGCAGCAGCUAAGAGCCAAUGAGCAGAAAAACGAAGAUCUGAUCACCGCAGCCGAGCUGUAUCAGGAACAGGAUCACAAAGCCCGACACGCUCGUCUCGACGAAUGUGAGUCAAAUGUGGCCGAAGCGAAAAAGGAGCUGCAGGCGCUGGAGGCUAAACUAGCCGCAAGCAAGGUCAAGCUCGGCGAGGCCGAGCAUAGGAUAUACUCUUCCCAACUGGUCUCCUUUGAGCCAGUCCUGGAGGCCAUCAAAGAGCGUUAAAAGAAUUGUUCUAUUCGCUCUGUUUAUAUUAUGUUUUCAUCCAGAUAAAAUGGAUUUAGUUAAAAUAAUCAAUUGUGAAUACAGUAUGUAGUUUUGUGUAAUUGUGUGUAAUUAAAUAAUUAAUUGUAUGUUAAUUUAAA